CUAAUUGGUCCAUGCUCUCAUUUGCGUUCAUGUCACAUUGUGAUAUAUCGUGGAACAAUAACGAACGUGACCAAUACUCGCAAACAUAAUUUACUAAAAACAAAAAAAAACCCAAGAAGAAAAAAAACGGUGAUGAAAUUUCUACUAAUAAUUUGUUUAAUAUGUGUAACCUCCGCCAAGUCGAACGACAGCGAAACAUCGACCGAAAAAAAAUGUGAAGGGAUACACGUUCACGACAAAUUUCACAAAAAAGAUGUCAUAGGCAUUGGAUUGAAUCGUCCCUAUCAAUUGGCCUAUGAUCACGGAGACCAUAAAAUAUUCUUCAGUUACAACACAGGCAAAGACGAUGAAGACUCCUUCGAAAUUGGAUAUAUUGAAAAAGGUCAUAUAAAACAUAAAGUAUUACCCAGCGUAGAAAAUGGAUUUGCAAUAGCCAUUGACAAUAAAGAUAAUCUCGUUUAUUUCGGAGGCAGUGAAGGCAUCUACAAGCAGCACCUCAAAACUAAUGGUAGUAAAGUAGAAAAAGUUAUAAGCCACCAUAACAUUUGGGAUAUGUUUUUUAAACACCAUCUAUAUUUCAUUGAAUAUCCAUCGCAGAAAUUAUACAAGUGCGAACACGAUAAAACUAAAAUAAAAAUCGAACAUCAAAAGGUCAUACACGAAAAAAUAUUUCAGUUUGCGAUUGAUGGCGAUGACGAUAUGUUUAUUACAAAUGAAACCGGCCUGUACAGGAUCAAAAACGGUACCGACCAUCGUAUUCAUUACGACGGACCCAAAAUAUAUCGAGCAAUCGAAAUAGAUAACAAAGGUGUAGCUCAUUUUAGUGGUCAAAAUGGGAUUUUUAUUGUGAAUAAAGAAAACGAUACACUCGAAAAAAUUGCUCAUAUCAAGAAUAUUUUUGGUUUAGCAUUCGAUAACAAUAACAACAUCGUUUACUCAGAUCCCCACGAAAUUGUCAAAUUAUUACCCGAAGAAUGUUAAUAUCUUCUACUAUUAUGUAUCCUUUGUUAGUUUUACAUUACAAUUGGUUUAGUCGUAUUUAAAAAACGUAAUGACAUUUAAAUUUGCUUUUUUUUUUAAAAUAACUAAUCAAUUAUAUUAUUUCCUCUAUACCCUAUUAUGUUAAAAUAUUUAAUUGAGUUGUAUAUAUGUAUAUAAUGUAAAUGUAUGGUUAAAUUUAUCACGUAAUGUAACAUUCACAUGUCAAGCGCAUAAUUCUAUCUAGAGUACGUAUUCAUAGAACAACGAAAAUAAUAAAAACAAAAUAAUUUAA